AUGCGAACAGCUGGCCUUGGCCUCUUGGUCCUGGCCACAAGGAUAGCAAGGGCAGAGGCACAAGAAGGCGAGCCCACGGCGGCAGUGUCUUCCCUGCUUGCGUCGAUCAGUUCGGCAGCAGCGCUCGGCACGAUUGAUCCAGCUUCCAAUCAAGCUGUGACUGUCGAGCCGUCUACGAGCACCUCACGACGACACACGAAGAGCUCUAGCAGCAUGGCAGAGGUGACGACGACGACGGAGACCUAUAAUGACGGCAGCUACACGCCUUGGCAGGCAUCGACUUCCUCGACAAGCACCGCUAUUUCUAGCGCUGCUUCACAAGUAACGACGACGACAUCUUACCAGCAGUAUGCGCAGUCCUACUCCAGUAGUACUACACGAGGCACCAGUAAUCCAUCGACCGUCUCUGUCUCUGCACUCUUCACGCCCACGGCUUCAGCGCAAAGCGCAUCCGACAACACGUCAACGACGUCGGACAACUUCAAGAGGAUCGGCUUACCUGUCAUCGUCAUCGCCGUUGCUGUCCUCAUCCUGAUAGCCAUGGGCUUCUUGUUCUAUCGAUCUCGCAGGCGCUGGGCAGAGGAAGAAUUGCAGCGGGCGAUCAUCGGCUUACCUGCCAGGAAGAAGUCCGUUUUGCGACCUGGCUCAUGGAUUGCACCAAGCGAGCGAGAUGCAGCUUCGAUCCGUGCUGCGUCGGCUCUGUCAUGGCGAGCGGACUCCCGGAUGGCUUGGAACGGCGAAGAAUUAGCAGCAGGAGCUGCUUUCGGUCGCGGGCCUGCUGCGCACGCCGGCAAUCAGGAUGAGAUGGAAGAGAUCAAUAACGCAGGCAUGGGCGCUUCGGGACCCUCGCUCGAAGCCCGAGAUCGAUACGCUACAGAAGAGACGGAUAACGAGCGCGGCUGGGCCUGGGGUGCCGGUCCUGGCUAUACACAGCCUCAAAGCUAUGUCGCUGGCGGCAAGCGCUUCGAUGUGCCUCCAGACUCGCGUCUGGCUCGUCAGCUUGCACAGAACGCUAGCACCUCUGAUGAUAACCCGUACCACGAUCAGAGUCUGGACGAGAUGAUGGCCGAUGCUCGCACGGCGCAUCAUCCCUACGAUCCGCAGUAUGAAGGGCCACCUCUCGAGCAAGAACGUGGAGUCUUCCGUAGCGCAAGCCAAGCGCUCUUAUCGACUGUCCGCACACGAAGCCAGAGCUCGCGGCAACCCAAUGCCACUCCGCGCAGCAGACUGCACGACAUCAGGCCAUCUUACCUCGAAAGCUCACCAGGCCCAGUCUACGGCUCCCGGUCUCGGCAAGAAAGCGGUCAGGCUCUGCUUGGCCACGACACGCCAGAUGGCACGCCAAGGCGGUCUCAUGAGACGCCGAGACGCUCACACGAUGCACCUCGAUAUCCAGAGGCUACGAUACCCGCGCCGCAAUUUGGCGCUCAUCAAGAUCUCCAGCGGUCUCACGGGCCUUUGCCUCAGCCUCCGUCUGCAGCACUCAAUGCGACGCCUCAGAAGAGGCUACCGCCCUCUUUGCUGCCUCAUCGCGCAGACGCUAGCAUGAUGCCUGUCAGUCCCAGCACCGCGCCUUCGCUCUUUUACUCCGGACCACCGACACCGGCGCGUGCACCGGGCGUUCCCAUGCCGCAGUACAACCCCUUGCCAUCAGCCUACUCUUUGUCUGGCAUUGCCAAUCUCGUGUAUUCACAGGAUGACCAGCCUCAAUCGGGCAACUACACCGAUGUACCUGCUCGAAAGAUGCGUCGACCAGCUUCGAAUCGAAGUCUGCGUCAGCGAGAGCAAGACCGCGACUAUUCUCGACGAUCGGGAGAUUACGCCAAUCCUCGCAUCUCACACGAGCGUAGUCUUCCCCAGCGCCCCCAGGAGCCGAACGAACGUACAUACGCUCUAGACCAGUCAGUCUCAUAUGGCGGCUACGAUGACGACGACGGCGCUUCACAUGCCUACUAG